AUGACAACAGUUUCACAGGCAGUGCCUGAAAUGCCUGACUUGUUGGACGACCCAAUUGGUGGUUCCGUGCCGCCGUCCGACACAGCGAGUCUGUUUCCCGGCAUCACUCGCAGUCUCUUUUCCAAUGUUAAGCUCCCAGCGCUGUGGAUGGUAGCAUACAAAAACGCAGAGCGUCGUGUGGAAGGCAUGCCACUUGCAUACAUGUUUGUGUCGCUGCUUAGUGCUGUUUUCUGGAUUGGUGUGUGGCGAGUGUAUCGUCGUCAAAAACGGCGGCUACAGCUUUCGUUGCGAAGUCAACGUCCUCGACCGCCUUCCUUGUUGUUGUCGGGGAGUGCUCGUGCUCGUGCCUCUACUAGCGAGAGUGGGGCGCGUUCAUGGUCUUCCUUCACAGCGCGCCAAUGGUGGUGGAGGCGGACCCGUGUACCAGAAAGGACCCGCAGUCAGGACUUUCCACCCAACACAUCCGCGUAUUCGUCAUGGAAAGAUCAUUCACAGCGGAGUGCCAGUAACAGCUUUGCACAUGAGAUGAUGCUGGCCGCAUAUGACGACGACGAAGAUUGGAUGUACGAAAAAAACUACGAACGACAACAGCCUUCCGAAGAAUCGCAUGCUCGAUAUUAUGGACCCUCAGUGACGACUAUUGCUUUCACUACUUGGACACCCCCGCCAACCUGGGCUGAAGCUUCCAAACGACUGUUAUCGAGCGUCGGACAAUUGCAACGGACCCUACAACUGUCGUUGGCUACUUCUACAGCAACUCUGACUGUCUUGGAUAGGACGAAAAGAGUAGUCACGCUAUCUUCAGCCUCGUCAAAUAAAACCCCGCAUCUCAAAACAAACGGGUCCUCAUCAGAUCUGUUGGAAAGAAAAGCACUGCGUUGGCUAGCAGCUGACUGCUCUGUCCAGACGCAUGGCCUCCCGGAGGGCGGUGUGAUGCAUGUCUACGUCAAAGGCAAGCCGCGUUCGGAAUGGAUGGAGCAUACCUUCGAAUCAGCAGCGGCAGCGGCACAAUUUCAAACAGACGUAAUUGCGCUGCAACUACUAGGAGCACAGAUUCGGCAUAUGUACGAUGCCUUGUCAAUAUUACAUCAGGGGAGUGAAGCAUUUGCUGGCUCCGAAUACGUUCUUCACGAUACUCAGUGGCAACCCUUAAACGAAAAAUUACAUUGUGUUUGCGAAGGAAUUGCGUGGGACGAUCUGAUGCGAUGCUUGGGUAGUAGCUUUCCCGCAAUUCGGUUUACGCUAGACAUGAUACGAUGGUUGCAGUCGAACAAAGCUAGCCGACCUCACUCACGCAGCAAGAAAGACGCAACAAACCCUGAGUCCAAGCAGGCCACAACCCCUGUGGAAAGCAGUGAUGCGAGUGACGGCAAGGGGCAUAUGUCUGAUCUCUACAAAUACUCCAAGCAGCGGCUCUUGCUAGGUCCGGUUGAUUUCUUUCGCCUUUUCGUUCCACGCUUACCAGAAGAUGCUGUGCCUCAUGAGCGAAGUGAUCCGUCUCGGAUGGAGCAGUUGCUUCGUUGGCGAAAGCGCGUAGCUCGUGCUUCCGUCUUGGUUGAUUCAUAUGUGAAAGCACGCUCGGUCGCAAAUAAAGGAUGGAAAUUGCUGCAGUAUCCUCGAGCGAAAAAUUAUAUUCGAAAGCGGUUGGCAUACGAUGAUAAUACCGAUAAUUAUUUAUGUGAUUGUGAUGAGAAGAACGUUUACUACGAGCCUACAGUUUCCCGUGAUAUCCCAUGUCAGGUACGGGGCUUACAAGGUCUGCGGAGCAAGCGUGAUUGGCAAUUGGUCAACAACAAAAUCAAACGGUCGACGAUCAGCGCAACACAAGCUUGCACGCUGGUUGCCGUGCACAUGUUUCACAUUCCGGCCAACGAGCCUUCCGUAGAAGGACUCUGUCGAAACGAUCCCGUCCUAGUGAUCCCGUCCUUACGUAAGCUGGUGGAAGAAAAUACUGACUUGCAAUUUUUUGUAACAGCUUGGUUUCAGGAAACACAAAGAGUCGCACACAUUUAUGUUUGGGUUCGGAGCUUGGCAAAAGGAAUAGAUUUGGCAUUCGACUUGGUGUUUGAUCGAUAUGUAAAAGGGGAUAAGAGUUUGCGUGAUCGAAAGCUGGAGGUGAUCUUUCAACUGGGAAUUGAAGCCAACAAAAUGACACUUUUGACGUGGUGCGCAUUGAACAUGUUGUCGCUCCUGAUUAGAUUAGCUUGGACGGGCUUUCGAUGUGUACCACAGAGCGUCUCAUAUCCAGAGCGAAGGUUGAUUCCUGCCUUGCAUGUGGCCAGCAUUGGAUCAACAUUUCACUACGGGGGAUCUCUUCAAGGAGAUAAGUCGUUGCCUUUGAACUACGUUGCCACGGUUGUUCAUCUGGAUUCCCGGAAAUCCAAUUCGUUUGCGACUCGAAUUCUCUUGAGUUACGUCGAGUGUGGAGGACUGGCACGAGAUGUGGUUGACUUUACGUUUCUUAUUGCGGCUGAGAAAAUUGAUGAGUUACCCGAGAGGGCAAUCGCAGCAGUCCGAGUUGUACGAACGAACCCCGAAGACACAAGUCUCCAUUUAAAUUGUUUACGUCCUUCGAUCACGAGAAACGACGACGAUACCAACGAACUCGUCUCUUUGGCAAAUUCAAGAGCCCCGAGACCAAUGAUGAGUCUCUUCUUCCAAAUCUUCGUUACGGAUCCAGUUGUUGCUGCUGCCCGCUUGAUAGGGAAGAAAGUCGGUCGCAUUCUAGAUUUUUACUCAACAACCGGUAGAAAAAAAAGGUCUAAUACACCAAAUCAUCCAAAAUUCGAUGACGAAGCGGUGGUAGUUUCGACCAUCAAUCCAUUUGAAAAAGCUGUAAACGAGCUAAUUGUGAUUCUUAAGGAUGUGACCGUUCCAGUACGGAGGGAGCAGUUGAAUCAUCGAAAGUUCGAUCCGAUGGCAACUACGCCGUUCUCGUCAUCUCAUGACGUACCAUGGCUUGCAGAUUCAGGAGGUGGGCAACAUUGGGAUGAAGUGCUACAAAUUCCAAUUCUUCGAACAGUAAACCGAUCGGAUAUCCUUCGAUUUUAUAUAGGAAGUGAAUGCAGCCUCAAAAACACCGCAGUGCGAUUGGUCGAAAGUGCUGCUUGGCAAGGUCUUACCUUUCCUAUAAACAAGCCAUUGUGCCGCGUCGAGCUUCAAAAUGCUCAAUUCUUCCAGCAAGGUAUUGAUUUAAUGGGCAAUCCGAUUUUCUACUUUCGACACACAUGCCUCGGUCCAUGGAGGGGAGACGAAAAUGCUGUUGUUGCCGCUGUUUUUUACAGAUUCGACAAGAGCUUGAGAAAGCUUUUAAAAGAAGAUUCGGGUGUCCGGUGUACUUUAAUUGUCACACUAGGACGGCCUCAAAUGGCGAAGCGGAGAAAAAUGUCCGCUGGAUCGGCGUCGAUGACCGAAAAUAGGGGUGACAAAACCCAUGUAUUGGAUUCCAAUGCUGCUUCCGCUGUAUUUGAGAUGGACCUCGAUGAAGAGCAGGAUGAGUCUGAAACCUCGGAGCAGUUGGACGGCGAAGUGGGAAUUGACGACGCGAUCAAUGAGCCCAGAGGUAACAAUCCCCGUAUCGAUUCAGAAGAACACUGGCAUGCUCACACGAACGAAGCUGUUGUCAAGCGUUUGUUGAAGAUUGCGCUGUCGCACUAUCCCGAACGGCUGCACAAAGCGUUGGUUGUUGUCGGGCAUGGGAACACAAAAUAUACUCGUACUGCAAUUGGAGGCGCCUUUACGUUAUCGAAGCUUGUGGAUUCGCCAAGAACUCGAGAGAAAGUCAAGUUUCUCGCACGCUACUCGGAUUUACAGCAGUACGUUUCGAGACAAGAACUUGUUACCAUUGUCGGCGGAACAGCGCACGUUCAAGCGUCGGCGUUUCAAUGUCGCUGAUCUUAGGAUAAGUAGUAACACUUUCUAUGCAUUACAACAACACACAAUUAUGCACACAAAGUCGGAAGCAAGACCCUGUGAUCAAAUGUGCGCAAUUUGGACACGUGAAUCACAGAAGAGAUGGAGGAAUAGCGCAGCGUUCAGCUAUCCGACUGAUGUUCAACAGCCGGCUUUUUUACCAGCAACUUUUUUAGUUCUUUGAAUGAAAGAUCUGGCCAAUUUGGACCUACUACAUCACAAAGAGCAAGCGACGCAAGAUGGUGUUUGAUUGCUUGUUUUGAAAUAGUAUUCACGUCCCUAUCAUGCUCAUAAAACAAAUUUUCGCGAAGAAUAGAAUUGCCAUCGUCAGCUGCCAAUAAAGUAAGCCCUACCAGCUCAUUCGCCUCCGCAUUCGACAAGGUGUUAGAAGAAGUUGACGGGCGUACGGAGGUCCAUUGCAUUUUACCGACGAAACCUGCGUCUUCCAACUGCUUCAAACAUGCCAUUGCAGUAAGUCCAUCAGGCGUUUUCAUAGGCUCCGCAGGGGGGCCAGUGACACCAAAGGCUUCAAUUCUUACCCCCGCAGGACCUGUUUCGUUG